AGAGUUUUGUGAGAUCCGGAGAACCAAUCUCCCCCCUUUCUCUUCUGUCAGGGUUCUCUAUCGUCCCUUAUCGGUUCAAUUUCUCACUUUCUCGCGCCGGAGGCAAAGAGGGAGAGAGGGAGAGAGAGUUCGGAGAGGGUCGCUGAGGUGAAACGAAGGGCGGAGAUUGCGAGCUCGAAGUGAGAUUGAGGUUUUGCAUGUGAUGGCGCAGAGUCUUUCAAUCGGCAUUGUCGGUUCCAUCUGAUUCAAAACCCUUUGAAUUCAGCCGUUUCAGUCUCUAUCUAUCACGUACGCCUGUAUUGGUUUUGGUUCUGUUUUUCUUCGUCGUUUUGGUGGUUUCUGUUCAAGGUUUGGUCCGGGGUUAUUCGUGUGGCUCGUCGUUGCUGCCACAUAUCGGCGUAUUAUUGUUGUUACGCGGCCAGUGAGAGUAGGCAGAAGCGAUCGAUAUAUUGAGUUGAUUUUGUUUUUGGUUUUCUCUUUGGCGAUUGCUUUGGUAUAAAUGUUUUGUUAGUGAGGCUUCUUGCUUGACAUGGUUGCGAAAAUAGUUUAAUUGAUUUCGGGCGGUGCUAUUCGGCGCGCUCCUUGUGCUGUGCGUUGAAAACGGUUGUUCUUCGAGGGUGCCCAUGCUACUGGCCUCAUUUUCAUGCCGCCUGAACCUUUACCCUGGGAUCGGAAGGACUUCUUCAAGGAGAGGAAACACGAGAGGUCAGAGUUCCUCGGACCUGUGCCUAGAUGGAGAGAUUCAACCAGUCACGGAUCCCGUGAGUUUAGUAGGUGGGGAUCAGGUGAUUUUCGCAGACCGCCAGGUCAUGGUAGGCAGGGUGGUUGGCAUGUGUUCUCUGACGAAUAUGGUCAUGGAUAUGGGCCUUCUAUGUCAUUCAAUAACAAGAUGCUGGAAAAUGUUAGUAGCCGGCCGUCUGUUUCACAUGGCGAUGGGAAGUACCCUAGGAAUGGUAGGGAAAGCAGAUCUUUUAGUCAAAGAGAUUGGAAAGGUCAUUCCUGGACAACAAGUAAUGGAUCUACGAACAGUGGUGGUAGGCUGCAGCAUGAUCUGAAUUAUGAUCAGAGGUCAGUUAAUGAUAUGCUGAUAUAUCCCUCUCAUUCUCAUUCUGACUUUGUAAACUCCAGAGAUAAGGUAAAAGGCCAGCAUGAUAAGGUCGAUGAUGUCAAUGGAUUAGGCACAAACCAGAGACGUGAUCGAGAGUACUCAGUGAGUUCCUCAGGGUGGAAGCCUCUUAAAUGGACACGUUCUGGUGCCUUGUCUUCUUGCACUUCAACAUCGGGCCAUUCCAGUAGCACAAGGAUUGCUGGUGCUUUAGAUUCUAAUGAGGCGAAGUCUGAGAUUGUGUUGAAAAAUGCACCGCAAAAUUUGUCUCCUUCAGCUGAUUCUGCUGAGUGUGCUAUGUCUUCUCUGCCAUAUGAUGAAGCAACUGUCAGGAAGAAGCCACGGCUAGGAUGGGGUGAGGGACUUGCCAAGUAUGAGAAAAAGAAGGUUGAAGUUCCUGAUGCUACUGCCUUUACAAAUGUUCAUGCAGAAUCUACCCAUUCUCUGAAUUCUAGCUUGAUUGAAAAAGGCCCUAGAUGUUCAGGAUUUUCUGAUCGUACCUCACCUGCACCACAUUCUUUUGUCAUUAGUGGUUCCUCUCCAGGUGGGGAUGAAAAAUCCUCUGGAAAGGCAUCAAUUGAUAAUGAUGUCAGUGACUUGCAUGGUUCACCCAGUUCUGGUUUUGAGAAUCAGUACGAGGGAACAUCCCCUGUAGAGAAGUUGAAUGAUUUUUCAAUAGCUAAGUUGUGUGCCCCACUCAUUCCGCUGCUGCAAUCUAGUGAUUCGAUUUCAGAGGAUUCCAGUUUUAUGAGUUCCACUGCCUUGAGUAAGUUGCUUAUAUAUAAAAAGGAAAUUUCUAAAGUGUUGGAGACGACCGAGUCUGAAAUUGAUUUACUUGAAAAUGAGUUGAAGGGGUUGAUAUCUGAUAGUAAGGGUUACUUUUCUUUCCCCUUAGCAUCCCGUUCUUUUCUGGAGGGAGAGAAAUAUUUUGAGGAGAAAAAUGAUGUCACUAAUACGGUUGCUACCCUGCCAGUUGUUACUUCUGCAAAUACUAUUUCAAAACCAAUGGAACAUUCUACAAGUGACUUGGAAGAAGUGCAUGCUGAUGUCAAGGGAAAGGAUAGGUCUGGGAGGUUGGAUGUGAAGGAAUCUGUCAUCACGAAAGAGAAUCUAACAAUUUCUGAUUGCAGCAGUGAAGACAACGUUGUGGCCUCUGUUGACAAUAACAUGAUAAUAAAGAGUGAAGGUGUCACAUUAGAGCCCGUUUCUAGUGAUAUAUAUGAAUUUGCUGAUGAGAAGGGAGAUAGUGUGUUGGAUUUAAUUCUGGCAUCCAAUAAAGAGUCUGCCUGUAAGGCUUCUGAAGCUUUAACCAGGCUGUUGCCUGCCAAUGAACGUAAGCUUGAUAUUUGGAGCACAAAUGCCUUCUCACAGAAUCAAUGUUUGGUGAAAGAGAGAUUUGCGAAGAGGAAGCGGUUAUUAAAAUUUAAGGAGAGGGUAAUUACACUUAAAUAUAGAGCCUACCAGUCCUUGUGGAAGGAGAGUUUUCAUGUGCCUCCUGUAAGGAAGUUACGUGCAAAAUCUCAGAAAAAAUAUCAGUUGAGUUUGUGGACAAAUUACAGUGGUUAUCAGAAGAACCGAUCUUCCAUCCGAUUCCGUAUGCCUUCCCCUGCAGGAAAUCUGAACCACCCAGUCUCUAACGCGGAGAUUCUUAAGCACAUGAGCAUGCAGCUUUCUUCUAGUCCCCAGAUUAAGCAGUACCGGACGACGUUGAAGAUGCCCGCAUUAAUUUUGGACCAGAAGGAUAAGAUGGCCUCGAGGUUCAUCUCUAAUAAUGGAUUAGUUGAGAACCCGUGCGCUGUUGAGAAGGAGCGGGCAAUGAUUAACCCGUGGUCCUCAGAAGAGAAAGAUGUUUUCAUGGAGAAGUUGGAAUGUUUCGGAAAAGAUUUCGGGAAAAUUGCAUCCUUUCUUGAUCAUAAGACAACAGCAGACUGUAUUGAGUUCUAUUACAAAAACCACAAAUCCGAUUGCUUUGAGAAAACAAAGAAGCUGGAGUUUGGGAAGAAAGUGAAGUCCACCAGUAACUAUUUGAUGACAACAGGAAAGAAAUGGAAUUCAGAAGCAAAUGCUGCUUCUCUUGACAUGUUGGGUGCUGCGAUGGUCCGUGCUCAUAAGUAUUCUAGCAGCAGGUCUGGUGGAAGAACAGCGUAUCGCACAACUCAAUUCGAUGAUGAUCUUUCAGAAAGGGCCAAAAGUUUUCAUGGUUUUGGAAAUGAAAGAGAAAAGGUGGCUGCUGAUGUUUUAGCUGGAAUAUGUGGUUCCCUGUCUUCAGAAGCCCUGGGUUCAUGUGUCACGAGUAAUUUCAACCGUGGAGAUGGUUCUCAGGAUUUGAAGUGCAAAAAGGGUGGUGCUACAACCGUGUUAAGACGACGUAUUACAAACAAUGUUCCGCAGUGUGUUGAUGAUGAGAUUUUUUCAGAUGAGAGUUGUGGAGAAAUGGAUCCUUCUUAUUGGACAGAUGGGGAGAAGUCGCUUUUCAUAGAAGCAGUGUCUGUUUAUGGGAAGAAUUUUUCCAUGAUCUCUACCCAUGUAGGAUCAAAAUCCACGGACCAGUGCAAGGUCUUCUUUAGCAAAGCACGAAAGUGCCUUGGGUUGGAUGUGUUAUGUUCUGCAAAGAAAAUGCCAGAAGAUGGAAACGGACAUGGCGUUAACGGAGGUGAUUGUGAAGCAGGGGUAGAUACCAAAGAUGCCUUUCCUUGCAAACGGGUUAGCUCUCAGAUGGUUGAUGACUUGCCGAAGUCUGUGACGUGUAUAAGUGGUGGCGAAACAGAGUCGAAGAAUCUGCAGUCUAUCCAUCUGGAAGUCAAGGAGAGUAAUCCAUCCUCAAAGACUUGUAGUAAUGCUGCUGUGGAUGCUAUGGUGUCUGAUGAUGCAUGUAAUAGGAAGGAUGGCUUUCUUUCGGGUUUUGAUGAUGACUGUCAGUCUGUGAACUCUACCCAUGAUAAGAACGGUUUGGUACUCGAGCAGCGACACGCAGUCGUAUCUGAUGAAAUUGCAAAAGAACAAGGCAUUUCUGCUUUGGUUGCAGCAUUAGUUGGAAAUGAUUCAAAUGCUGAAACCAAGAGGGUAAGUGUAGAUACUAGCAGUGAUCGAAGUGAUAAAGCCCACUCCCACACAGCAGAUAACUCUUCAAUGCCCUUAAAUGCUCAUGUGAGCUCAUUGUCUAAAGAGGAACAAGGGUGUCAUCACGUCAGAGUGCAUUCACGUAGUUUGUCUGAUUCCGAACAAUCAUCUAGAAAUGGUGACUUGAAAUUAUUCGGUCAGAUUCUUACACAUUCCUCGUCUGUCCCGAGUUCAAAAUCUGGAUCCAGUGAGAAUGGAAACAGGACCGAGCUUCACCAUAAGUUGAAGUGCAGAUUGAAAGUAAAUAGCCAUGGAAAUCUGAUCACUGCCAAGUUUGAUCGUAAAAAUUCUUCUGGCCAAGAGGAGGAUGCUCCCUCGAGAAGUUACGGGUUUUGGGAUGGGAGUCGAAUGCGAACCGGGUUUUCAUCACUUCCUGAUCCCACUACCCUACUGUCCAGAUAUCCUACAUUUGAUCAUUGCUCCAAAACCGCCUCUCUGAUUGAGCAGCAGCCUAUUUGUAACGGACAGAAAUCAAAUAGCAAUCAGAUGUCUGAGGUAAAUAGUAGUAAGGAGGGAAUUAUUGUAGGAAAGAAUUGUAAUGAUGACGACGACGAGGAUGCAUCAGAUACUAAAUUGCAUUGCAAUAAGGCUGCUGAGGGGGGUGGUGGCUCAUAGAAAAGAGAAUUAGCUGGUAGUAGAUAUGUUCAGAGAGCCUUGUCAACAGAGGCCCUCAGCAGCAAAUUGUUUCUUUUGCUGCACCAUGUACCAUAGUUUCGUUGAUGUCAAUUAAUGAUAGCAGAAUUUGACGGUUCUUAUUGCCGUCUCUUGUGGGCAAAAAGAGGGCAAGUAUUGCUUCAGAAUAUUACAUUCUUCAGUUUCUUACAUAAA